AAAUACUCAAGCACCGAGUUAAUUCAUUAUUGGAUGGAUCAGUUGGUGGCCGGCACUCGAAAUACAUUCGGCAAAAUUUUUACAAAACCCAACGUCGCCUUCCUGUUGUGUAAAUUUUCUGAAAAGAAAGUGUUCAAAAAUGAGUCACACCAUCCUUCUAGUCCAGCCUAGCUCAAGACCUGACACACGGACAUACAGUGACUAUGAGUCUCUUAAUGAAUGUCUUGAAGGUAUCUGUAAGAUCUAUGAGGAACAUUUGAAGAGACAGAAUCCAGAGUGCCCAAGUAUUACUUAUGACAUUAGUCAGCUGUUUGAGUUCAUCGACCAGCUGAAUGACCUCAGCUGUUUAGUAUUCCAAAAGAAUAUUGGCACCUACGGGCCACAUAACAAGGACUGGUUAAAAGAGAAGAUAUACGUUAUGCUUCGAAAUCAAGCAGGGCGAUAAUUAUCAUACGUUUUUCAGCGAAAAGAAAAUAAAGAUAAAAGUGAACAAAACAUUUUAAAGCCUAUAAGGGAAAGACAAUCCAUUGUUUCCAAGGAACAAAACAUGAUUGAUUCUUUUAUUUGUUAAAUCGGCAAAUUAUGUUUGAUAGAAAAAUAUCUUUGUAUGGGGAUUAAAGACAGGUGAAAAUUCUAUUAUGUGAAAUCAGCAUCUGACUUCAUUUCUAGAAUCUUGGUGUUCAUUCAUUCCAAAUUUGGUCUGGAUAAGUGAUUCGCAAUUCUCAGAAGGGCUCGGUAAAUGCAGGCAAAUGUCGCUAGAAUUUUGCUGUUGUUAUUUCACUCAUUUCAUAUUUGCUCAUCCAUGUGAUUUCCUAAAGUCUGAAAAACUUCAUCAAUGCUCAUGUGUGCGUGGAUCAGAAUUUAAAUUUUUGUAAACGUUAUUUGGGGGUUUAUAUAUGUAUGGAUCAGGAUAUAAAAAUUUGAAAACUUUUAUCUUGACUUGUGCAUUCACAAAUCAAGAUGUAGAUGUAAUGUUACAAUUGAAAGCUUUAUCUUGGCUUGUUAGUUUUUCGGGUUUAUUUGGCUCAUGUAUGCAUGGACCAAGACAUACCGGUGUCAGUUAUUUAAGGUAAGGACAAAUUCAACUUGGAACUAAAUUUUAGUCACUUUUCAAGUUUCUAGAUACACAGUAGUGUCUACAAGUUUCUGGAUAUACAGUAGUGUCACAGUCUAAAAAAAUUUGCCAUGAUUGUUCAUUUGCAGUAUUUGAUGGUCUUAUUAAUCCAUUUUAUAAUAAGAAGAUAACACAUUCUUAAAUUGUUGUAUACAAUUAGUAUUGUUAUUUUGUCAUUUUUAGGCUGUUUCAAUCUUUUUACUCUGGAAUGACAUGUUUUCCUAUUUAAGAUAUUUAUGGGUUAAGGAUUAAGUACAAAAUACACAUUAUGAGUUCGCGAUUCAAAUAAUUACUUGAUAUUGUUGAUUUGAAAAUAAUGAACAAAGUACAUUAACGUUGUGGAUGUAAUGUUAUUUAUUUUGUCCGUUGUUACCACAGAACCCUCAUGUUGAUAUUGUAAUCAUGGAUAAAUGUUACAUACACAUGUACAAACUCAUUCAAUUUUAUCAAUACAAUUAUAUUUUUAGUAA